AUGCAGCAGAUCUGCGAGCAUGGUUACGAUGCCAAGGACUUUCUCCUUCACAGAUGCCGCACUCCUCAUAAUGACCCAAAUGUGCUGGCAGUAAGAUACCACGCCGGGGCUAUUCUCGGCAGCAUACAUCGGAGCAUCGCUAUCCAGCAAUGGUUUCAAGUACAUUAUCCGGACCCCAUGUAUCCCCUUGAUACGCAAACCCGUGUAGAAAGGUCGCUGGCCGCCUUUGAUCUUUUUGUCUUACACGAUCAACACGGCGAUAUCGACGAGGUUGGUUUCAAAUCUGACCAUCAUGGAAAUUUGCACCAGUUAACCCUCUCGCCAUUGCAGACAAUUCAGCUACUGGAUACGCAUGCAGCAGCGUUUAUGAGGACCCAGCCGGAAUGGAGUGAAAUGAACACCAGGCAGAAAGCCCUUGCGCUGAAUCAGUGGAUGCGCGCGACUAACUUGGUCGGGUUGGACGACCAAGAGGACUUCCGGAACUUGCGGAACUGCUUCAUCGGCCAGGCGCUGCGCGACGUCAAGCACGAAUCGAUACCACUCAUCUCGUGCGCCAUCUACUGCGGCAUCGCAGAGCGCGUUGGCCUGCAUGCCGAGUGCUUCCUGCCGCCGAUUUGCGCGCACGUCGUUGUCACCGCGCCGCCCGGCCUCGAUCUAGACGCGAACCCCAGCACCGACGAGCACCAAAUGUACCUGAAUCCGUUUGAGACUAAUGGCGAGGUUCCCCUCGAAUACUUGGAACGGCUCGCUUUGUACGCCAACACGACCAUCUCCCGCCUGCGCCGCUCCGGCAACGUCGCCGUCGCCGCCGCCGCCAAGCGCACCGCGCGUAGUAUCGAGGACGCGCACGACAGCGCCGCCCACUUCGCCGACCGCCUCGUCUCUGGUGCGCUGCUGCGCGGCCACCCCGCCGUUAACCUCCAGCUCGCACUCUACGCCGCGCGCUGGGCGCUGCUGCUCCUGUCGCCGCCACGGGCCGACAACGGCGACACCCGCUUCAUGCGGGUAAUGAAGGAAAUUCGGGACAAUUGGCCCGAAGACGAGUGGAUCAUGGCACAGCACUUGCGGGCGUUGCAGAACAAGGGUGCAGCCCGUGGUGCCCUCGCUGCCAACCUCGUACUAACGCCGCCGGACGAGCACCACGCCGCGAAUCUCUCAGACUGCGCACUAACCGCGGAGCGCGUGGCCCCUUUCCGCCUCGGUCAGGUCUUCGUUCAUCGCCGCUACCAGUGGCUCGGCGCCAUCGUAGGCUUCUACGCGGCACCGUCCGCAUCCUCUGCCAUACUUGACGCAGGCUCGGAGGGCGCUGGCAACCACCCGAGGAAGUUCUACAUCAGGACUAUAACCGCUUCCGACUUGACUGAGCAAAUCAUCUCGUCCGACAAUCUGCAAGUCGUUGAUCGUUUCCGGGCAACGGAGGACAUGUUUCCGCUGGCGGGCAGAUACUUUAAGAGGUUCGACCGCGAUGCGGGCUGCUUCGUAUCCAACGUUGACGAGCUGUACCCGGGGUUGACUGCAUAA